AGUACUGAAAAGGUCGUGGAUUUGUGUAGUUGUCGUGCUCCGUUGCCGCCGUUUGUCGUUCUCGUUUUCGUUGUCGUGUUGUCGUUGUCGUUGUCGCUGUCGUACGGGCGGCAUCGCAUCGCAUCGCAUCGCCUCACAUCGCGUAGCCGCAGUGUUGACCGUCCGCAUCCGCAAACUGGCGAACGAAGCAAUUGGGCUGGAAAUCAAGAAACAAGUGCCACCCAACCUAGUCAAAAGUAUAUAUCUCAAUCGGUUAUCGCAAUUGUUGAAUGCUGAAUAUACAACAACCAAAUAAAAAUAGAAAAACGUCAAGCGAGACGAGAGUGCACGUGCUAGAAGUAGAAGUAGAAACAUCUCAAACGCCUGCGUUAAGUUUCUGAAUGUGUUGUUAUGCAAAUCGCGUCCUUUUUGGCUUGAGGCAACAAUACAGUGAGUGUAUGUGAGUGAGUGCGAUUGGGAGCGUGUAUGUGUGUGCCGCAGUUACAGUGUACGACUAUAUAUAUGUGCGCUUGUGUACGCGCCCACAAUGCAUAAAUCAAAAUACACAUUAUUGAGCCAUAAAUAAAGUUCGCAUCGGCUGCUACUUUAAAUAUUGGCCUCGCGGCUGGCGGCGAUUCGAAGACGAGAAAGUUAGCAGCAGAAGCAAAGCAAAAGCAAGGCCGACGAAAUCGAAAUUUAUGCCUCGCACCCGCCAAAUACUUUGCCAUAUUUUUUGCUCAAUUGCCUGCCGCUGCUCCUCCAACUCCUUCAGCUCCUUUUCAUAUGAUGUGUGUGCGUCUCGCUGGCUGCAUAAAAACUCGCUUAAUGCCAACACGCCCUCUACAGGAGCAAUAAGCAAUAAGCACAGCAGCAGCAACAACUCCAUUUCCUCCUAACCCCUGAGGGCUGAUUUUAUUACAAAGGCCGUAAAAAACGCCAAAAAGCGGAGUAAACGCCACAGCAAAAGGAUACAAUACGGCCGAAACAGGGUUAUCACUCGAAGAGGAAAGGACACGGCGAAGCUCCAGGAUGCGAGGCAAAAGGAUUUGAAAUUACAUUUUUAAUGCCGAGCGGGCAAGAAAAAGAGCGCGAAAUGAGCAGCACGUGCGCGCUUUAUUUUAAAUAUUUAUAAACAAACAACACACGCGCACACCGACCAACACGCUUAUCCACACACACACACACACACACACAAAUUUAGGUGACCAAAGUUAAGCCUCGUCAAAUUCUAUUAAAAAUUCAUCUUAACGGUUAUGCGUUUUGUACAAACAGUCGAGCGGCUAAGGAGCCGGGCAAAAAAUGUUUGUAAAUAUUAAAAUGAAUUUAUGUGCAGAGCAAAAGUUUUUAAUUAAGUGAAAAGCGAAAAGCCGAGUGGAAACGAUAAAAACGACCGGCCAAACAGGAAGGAAUCAUCGAGAGUGUGAAUUAGAGCAGCGAGCUUACAUAUUUGAAGCGAUGUUCGAGCAGCCAGAGCCCAAUUUAUUUGCAUACCUAAUGCUCGUGCAGUGAGCCUCGGCAAAUUGCGAAGCCCAGCGCAGAAUACUAACCAAACAGUUAACCAAUAAUUGGCCAAUCGGAUCGGGAGCAGCCAGCUAUAACCAUGUCCUUCACCGGUCCAAUCCUAAUAUGCCUGAUCAUGGGAGCCAUUACCCAUGCAAAUUCGCACGAGCAUGCCGAUGGCUUUAAGCCAGAUGGUGAAAUCCUGCGCGUUCUGGUGAACAGCUCGGCACAAAUCAAAUGCGAUGUGGGCUCCAGCCAGGCCGAUGACAAAGUGCUUCUGGUUGUUUGGUACAAGAAUAAUUUACCCAUUUACAGCUACGACACACGUGGCGCCCACGCUGGCACCCCAUCCCAUUGGCGUGACGAGGAGGUCCUUGAAGAUCGGGCCGUAUUUCGAACGCACAAGGAGCCGGCGGAAUUGAUUAUAAAUCCGGUUAAGGAAAAGGAUGCGGGCAACUUUCGGUGUCGCGUGGACUUCAAGCUUUCGCAGACCCGCAACAGCAAUGUCAAUUUGGAGGUUGUCGUGCCGCCAACGCAGCCGAUUAUCUUCAAUGAACGCCGCCUGCGAAUCGAUUCGAGAGCAGGUCCUUAUGAAGAAGGUGGCAGCCUGGAAGUCACCUGCGUUGUUUACGGAGGCUCUCCGCCGCCGACAGUCAUUUGGCUGAUGAAUGGGCAGCUGCAGAACAGCGUUGUCGAUUACACAUACGAUGGCGCCAUCAACAGCAAGCUGGUGGUACGCAACCUGUCAAGAAUCCACCAGCAUGCGGUCUACACCUGCCAGGCCAGCAAUUUCCACAAGAAAUAUGUGGCCACCAACAUAACGAUCGACCUAUACCUGCGCCCUCUGUUGGUGGAAAUCAGCUUCAAUAAUCAGCCGAUGUCAGCGGAUCGAAAGUAUGAGAUCGAGUGCCAGGCGAUCGGAUCGAGGCCACCGGCCAAAAUCACCUGGUGGAUGGGCAAUCUCGAGCUGCAUGGCCAUAGCCAGAAGGUUUCGGAGGAUGGCAAUGUCAGCACAUCGGUGCUCUCGAUCACACCCACAAGAGAGGACCAUGGCAAGGCUUUAUCCUGCAGGGCAACCAAUGAACUCGUUCGAAAUGGCAUUCGAGAAACGGCCAUGAAGUUGAAUGUGUUCUUCAUUCCCACCUUGCAGCUGGACCUGGGCUCCAAUCUGAAUCCGGAGGAUAUCGAGGAAGGCGAUGAUGUCUACUUUGAGUGUAAAGUGCAUGCAAAUCCGGCUGCUUAUAAAGUUGUAUGGAAGCAUAAUCAUCAAAUCAUCCAGCACAACCAGCGAGCGGGCGUGAUUGUCAGCAGCGGAGAUCUGGCGCUCCAGGGCGUCACUCGUCACCAGGCUGGAAACUACACCUGCACCGCCUCGAACGUGGAGGGCGAUGGGGAUUCCAAUGUGGUCGAGCUGAAAGUGAUGUAUAAACCAAUUUGCCGGCCCGAUCAAAAGAAAAUCUAUGGAGUAGCGCGAAACGAGGCCGCCGAAAUAGUGUGCGAAGUGGAUGCCUUUCCGCCGCCGGAGAACUUCAAGUGGUCCUUCAACAACACGGCGGAGACCUUCGACAUGCCGCAGAGCGGUUUCCGGCCCCAUUCUGCCCAGGGUUCGACCCUCACCUACACCCCCGUCAAGGAAAUGGACUUUGGCACCAUCAUGUGCUGGGCCGACAACAAUGUGGGUCAGCAGAAGGAGCCCUGUGUGUUCCAUUUGAUAGCCGCUGGCAAACCGGAAGCGCCCACCAAUUGUACGGUGGUCAAUCAAACGUCCGACUCGCUGGAGGUUUAUUGCAUUGAAGGAUUCGACGGCGGAAUGCGGCAGUGGUUCCUCAUGGAAAUCUUCGAUCAGCACAGUGGUCAGCUUCAGGCCAACAUUAGUGCCAAGUUUGCGGCCCUGAGUGUCACGGGUCUGGAUGCAGGUCGUCUCUUCCGGAUCUAUGUGUAUGCCGUCAAUGGACGAGGACGCAGCGAUGCCAUUGCCCUCGAUGGAUACACUUUGAAGGCGGCCGAAAAGCAAACCGUUGCCUUGACCUCCUACAAGGGCAGUGCCCAGAGUCCGGACAACUUUGAGCUGACACCGAUCCUGUCGAUUGGCAUCUUCGUUGGCAUCCUGGUGGCCAUCGUGUGCAUCGGAAUCGGAACAAUUGCCGCACUGAAGUUGCGCUCGCACAAGCAUCAGCAGCAACAGAAAUUCGUACAUCCCAAUGCGAAAUUCUCACGUCCGGGCAAUUUGCAAAUUAAGGACAAAAUCUCAUUGCCAUUGAGUCACUCCGAGGAGAUGUACGACGAGAAGAAUCCCGAUGUUGUGCCCUACAAUGAGGUUGAUGGCGAAUAUAAACAAAAAUCAGCAACACAAACGCCAUCGGGACAUCUCUCGACGACCAGCGAGGUGGAAAUCAGCUGCAAGCCAGGCUCAACAUCCGGCACCGGAAUCGUCCAGGCCAAUUCGGCGGACAGUGGCACCUAUCAGAGCAGCAAGGACGAUGAGCUGCACUACGCGGAGCUGUCGCUGACCAACAUGCCAUCUGGCAGCAGUGGCGCCUCCAAGAAGGGUCAGCCCAUGGGCGGGGUGGGGGUGGUGCAGCACGUGGUGCAGCAGCAGCAGCAGCAGCAGCAGGGGCAGGUUCAGCAUCCCCACCAGCUGCUGGGUGGCACCUUGCCACACGGCUCCAGUAUGCGGAAGCUGCUGCCCACCAUUCCGGCGACGGCGACGCUGCAGCGCCAUAAGCCAAAUGCGGGCGGAAUGCAGCAUCCGCACCAGCACGCUCCGCCGCCCACGUACGACUACGAUUACUUUGAGGAGCCAACGAUAUAUGCGCAAAUCGAUGCGUACAAGACGAUGCAGGUGGACACAGGAGUAGUUGUGGCAGGUGUUGGUGCCGGAGCAGGAUCGGGUGUCAACGGUGCGGGGGCAAGCAUUUCAUCGCCGGGGUCGCAUGGCACUCCCUCGACGGUGUCGCCUGGAACCGUGCAAAUGUACACCCUGCCCCAGCAUCCCGGUGGCUACCACACACUGCCGCACAAUCAUCACGCACAGCAGCAGAUGGCGGGCGGUCCGCAGAACUCCGCUUCGAUGAUGCAAAUGAUGCAGCAGCAGCAGCAGCAGCAACAGCAAAUGCACCACCAUCCUGCGUCCAAUAUGCCGCCCUCCUACCAGCAACACCAGCAGCAACAGCAGCAGCAGCAAAUGGCCCAUGGCCAGAUGCUGGUAUCGAGCAACAGCAGCGGAUUGGCCUCCACCACGGCGGCCGUGGCCAGUCCCAGUAGCUCAUUAUCGGGACUCUCGGGCGUGGGCAAGUCCUAUUCGCGCGAAAUAGUCACCGUUCGCACCCCGCUCAUGUACUCGCAGCAGGAGAGCUGCGUCUAAGGUCUCCCUGGCAUCAUCUCGUGGAUUUUUCCAUAUUCAUACGCCCAGCCCCGAAUACCCGAAAUUUCCCAAUUUAGCUAGUUAUGUAAGUCUUGAGCUCUUCGUGGUUGGUGUCUAGGCUAAGUGUUGCCAAAACGAAUUGAAGUGAAUUGCAUUGCGUUCUGAAGAAUUGAAGGGAUUCGUUUGUGUGCUCGUCGAGGAACUGAAUAUAUUUUAAUACAAAGCUCAUACAAAGGCUGCCACAAAUCUUCUGCACCGAGCAUUACAUUCCUAUAAUAUGAAAAAAUCGGUUAUCUUAUCAAUGUGCAACCAUUAAGCCCAAAUUUAUAAUUCGGGAAUUGAAUUAUUGAGUUAUGCAUAUUUAAUUUUAUAUAUAUAUGCGGCUGCUGCGGCAGUAACAUAUCAUGAGAUUAUAAUUUAGGUGUACAUACGAACGAAAAAUGUUUAAUUAAUGCGUCAUAAAAAUAUAACGAUUAUAUAAAACACCCAAGCUGGCAGAGAUUUGGCACAGAUUGCUACUUUUUUGAAUGCAGACAGAGAAAUGGUGGUAUUUAAUUUUUAUAUAUAUACUUUCAAACAAUUUAAAGAAAAGUGUAAUGCAGCAGAAGAAGAUUGUUCCUUCCUUACAGUAAGUACUCAGAUGGACGACACACAGCCUACGCCAUAUUUUUUCAUCAGAUUACUACACACUAACGAGAAGUAUAUAUUAAUUUCGAAGGGUACUUUGUAAAUGUUUGUAAAUGUCAGCUGAAGGAGCUGCAAUUUUUAGGAAUUGGGCUCAAUGAACGCAUACAACUAGAAUAAAUUUAGUAAGUAUAUCCUCCUUGACAUAAUAAUAAUAGACUUAAUGCUCACACUAACUCAACCGAUGAUGGGCGAGCAAUGCGAAAGCGCACCUUCUUGGCAAUUAUAUUGAAAAUUAAUUACAUUAUUCAAAUAUAUGGUAAACAAUAUAAAUAAAACGAACACUCACACCCCAACAGACACUCAUACACAAACAAACACACACACACACACACAAGCAAAUUAGCUGCAAUUAGCUUAGCAUAAAUGAAUACUAAGUAUUAAUGUGUAAAUAGCAAAAUCGUAAAUCAAAUGUAUUACAGAACCCAAAAGCAAAUCAAACAGAAGCGCUGCAAAUUAAUGAAUGUAAAUUAGUUGCACAUUCUAACCAAAAAACUCCCAAAGACUAUAAAUAACAAAAAGAAAACACAACAAGGACCUAUGGUUGGUAUGUAAAAUUUGAAAAUAACAAAAAUAACAAAAUCAAGAAAAACAAGUGGGAAAGUUGUUGUUUGUAAAUGGCAUUUAUAUAUCAAAUUGUAUUUUUUCUCUUCAAUGUUUGAACUGUGAAAAGGCAUAAAAGUAACAAAAUAAAUGCACAUUGUAAAUUAUUGUUACAUUUUAAUAUUUACGUUUUUAGUGAAUGGAGGAGAGAACACACACUAAGAAAAACAGAAAUCAAUAUUUCUAAAAAGUGUGUAUAAAACCAAAAGUUGAGCCGUAAGUGUAACAGACAGAUUAUUGGCCCAGCACGGCAAAGGCAAUUUCCAUUUCCAGCUAGUUAAGAUGAAAAUAAGAAAAUCGAAAAAAAAAAAAAACUAAAAAAAGAAACAAGUGAUUUCUCUUACAUCAAUUAGAACGAAAUACAAACAAACGUGCAUAUAUGGUUCGGUCAUCAUCAUCAUGUAUGCGUAUAUUUCUGCAUGUAAGUGUUCCAACCAAUCUGAAUAUAAACUAAGUGUAGCUAAUUUAACGUCUAAACGAAGCCAUAAAAGAUAAUUGUAAAAUAUAUUAAUGAUUUAGUUUAAAGCCAGGCAUAUACUCUACAAAUGAAUUAUGAAUGUAUGUUAUGAUUAAGCACUCGAAACGAUAUGGAAAAUACCCCAGCCCUAUCCCAGUGAAUACAAGGAAUACAAUAAUAACUUGAGACACAAGCAAACAACUGAAUGAACUCAACCAAAUAAAUCCAUAC